AUGGCAGAAGGACAAGUGAACUUACCCUCGCGGCCAAAAGCCUCUCCACCAGACUACCAGAAAUACGACCUGGGAGACUUCAAGUUACAAAGCGGCUCCACCCUCCCGUCCGCCUGGAUCGCAUACAAAACCUUCGGCACCCUUUCCUCCCCCGCCAUCCUCUACCCAACAUGGUACUCCGGUUCCAUCUCCGACAACGAAUGGCUGAUCGGCGCCGACAAAGCCCUAGACCCAGGUAAAUACUUCAUAAUCAUCAUCGCGCUAUUCGGCAACGGACAGUCCAUCUCGCCGUCAAACUCAAACAUUCCUCUGUUUCCCAAGGUGAGUUUCUACGACAACGUCCGUGCCCAGCAUGAGCUCUUGACCAAGGAGCUCGGGAUUGCCCAUUUGAGGGCCGUGACGGGCUGGUCCAUGGGCGCGGGCCAGACGUACCAGUGGGCGACGCAGUAUCCGGAGUUCAUGGAUAUAGCGAUCCCCUUCUGUGGCAGUGCGAGGACGAGUCUGCAUAAUCAGGUGUUCUUGGAGGGGGUGAAGAGCGCUUUGCUCGCUGCGAAGGGGUUGGCCAGUGCAGGGGUCAAGGAAGGUAGGGUGGAAAAGGCAGGAAGCGAGGUGAGGGAAUGGACGGAAGAAGAGAAGACGGUGGGUUUGAAGGCUUUUGGGAGGGGAUAUGCCGGGUGGGGGUUCAGUCAGGCGUUCUAUCGGGAGAAGCUGCAUAAGAAGUUUUAUGGGGCCAAGGAUCUGGAGAAUUUUAUGGUGAAUUUUUGGGAGGCUUGGGCGUUGUCGAAAGAUCCCGAGAACCUGCUGGUCAUGCUCCAGACGUGGCAGAGCGGAGACUGCUCGCGGCAGGAACCGUACAAUGGCAAUUUCGAAGAAGCCAUGCAGUCGAUCAAGGCCACGACCCUGGUGCUGCCGUCGAAGACUGACCUAUAUUUCCCACCCGAAGACUCUGAGUAUGAAGUUGGGAACAUGGCACCAGGGAUAGGGGCACUAGAGGUCUUCCCGUCGAUAUGGGGCCAUUGGGCGGGAGGACCGCCAGGCAAUAUGGAAGAUGUGAAGUGGUUGGAUGACAAGAUUCGGAAAGUGCUGGCAGAUGAUUGA